CAGCCGGCUCGGCUCGGUGACUGACAGGAGAAGCCUCGCUCGGUUGGACGGCUAACUGUUAGUCCUCUCAGAGGAAGAGAGAGAGGGGGGAGAGAGAGAGAGAGGGGAAAAAAAGACGAAUAAAAACACCCGCACCGGUCACCUCACCUCUUCGGUACCGACAUCGCUGCGAUGAAUCAGCACCGGUAGGCGACACCGGCCGAAGUUGUGUGAGAGGACCGAUUUGACGUUCACAAACGGGGCAGUUGGCGGGGAUGGGAGAUGAUGGAGGACAAAGGCCCUCGUGUAGCAGACUACUUUGUGGUGGCCGGCCUGACGGACCCGUCCAAGCCGUUGGACCAGGAGAUCCACUUUGAUGACGUCUGCCACAAGACGGCCAAGCCUAAAGCGCCCAUCACCGACGUGGCUCUGGUGGUCCGCUCCAUGGGCGAGGAGGUGCCGCCGGGGUUCACCUGUAUUGAGACGACACCAACUGGCCACUCAGCUGAUCUUAACAGCGGCGGCCUCAUCGCACCCCAGAUGUUCCUGUGCUACAGGCGAGGUCGCGACAAGCCGCCACUCACUGACCUGGGCGUGUUGUAUGAGUGGAAGGAGCGACUAAAGCAGGGCUGCCACCUCAUCCACACCACGCCCUACGGUCGUUCGGCCAACAUCAGCGGCAAUACCACCCAGCGAAUCUACGUCACCUACCGCCGGGCACCCGAGAGCCAGCCGCACGCCGCCCUGGCCGUCACGGACAUCUGCAUCAUCAUCCCGAGCAAGGGAGAGGCGCCUCCCCACACCUUCUGUAAGGUGGCGAAGAAUGUCAACAGCACCAUUUGGGGCUCGUCUGUCUUCCUGUGUUACAAGAAGUCUGUGGCCAAGACCAACACGAUAGCCUACAAAGCAGGUCUGUUCAGCAGAUAUCCAGAGGAGGACUAUGAGUCAUUCCCGCUCCCGGAGUCUGUCCCUCUCUUCUGCCUUCCCAUGGGGGCCACGAUUGAGUGUUGGCCGGCUAACACCAAAUACUCCCUCCCCGUUUUUUCCACCUUCGUCCUCACCGGAGCCUCGGGAGAGAAGGUGUACGGCGCUGCCAUUCAGUUCUAUGAGCCCUACCCGCAGGAGUGUCUGACCGACCAGCAGCUCUCCCAGCUGGGUCUCCAGGGCCAGGAUCCACACAAACCCUUCUCCUCCAGCGCCACGGCGGCAUCCACCGACAGCAGCACCACCGACCCAUACUUGGUCUACACCAACAAGUGCAUCUGUCUGCUGUCCCACUGGCCCUUCUUUGACGCUUUUCGCAAGUUCCUCACAUUCCUCUAUCGCUACUCCAUCUCCGGCCCUCAUGCCCUGCCCAUCGAGAAGCACAUCUCUCAUUUUAUGCACAAAGUUCCCUUCCCUUCCUCUCAGAGGCCCCGCAUCCUGGUGCAGCUUUCGCCUCAUGACAGCCUGAUGCUGAGCCAGCCAGUGUCUUCUCCUUUGCCGCUCAGUGGUGGUCGAUUUUCCACACUGCUCCAAAACCUCGGCCCAGGGAACGCCGUCACCCUGCUGGUGUUUGCCGUCACCGAACACAAGAUCCUGGUCCACUCGUUGCGACCGGCGGUGCUGACCAGCGUCACUGAAGCUCUGGUGUCUAUGAUCUUCCCGUUCCACUGGCCUUGCCCGUAUAUUCCUCUGUGCCCUCUGGCGUUGGCCGACGUGUUGAGCGCCCCCUGUCCAUUUAUUGUGGGGGUGGACUCUCGCUACUUUGAUCUUUAUGAUCCCCCGCCAGACGUGAGCUGCGUGGACCUGGACACAAACACCAUCUUCUACACUGAAGAUAAGCGAGCCCUCACAUGGAAGAUCCUGCCAAAGAAAGCCUGUAAAAACCUAAUGAAUGUGCUGAGCAAUCUCUACCAGCAGCUGGUUGACGGUCAGUACAGACCCGACGGGCUGCUGGAGCUGAGCAUGAGCGAUUCGUCAGAGCUGAGCUGUGGGAAGAGCCUCCACACGCUGGAGCUGGAGAUCCAGGAAGCCUUCCUGCGCUUCAUGGCAGCCAUUUUGAAGGGCUACCGUUCAUUCUUACGGCCUAUCACCCAGGCACCGUCUGAGAAAGCCACAGACGCCAGCUCACUGUUUGACUUACAAGGGUUCUUGAAGAGCCGUGACCGCUCACACCAGAAGUUCUACUCCCUGAUGACCAAGACCCAGAUGUUCAUCCGCUUUAUUGAGGAGUGCUCUUUUGUCAGUGACAAAGACGCCAGCCUGGCCUUCUUUGACGACUGCGUGGACAAACUCUACAGUUCAGAGCGGAGUGCAGACAAAGGAGCCAAGGUGGACAGUGACAGGCCGGAGGAGUCCAGGCUGAUAGAGAUUGAUGAAUCCCAGCGUAGUGAGCACACAGUCUUCAUCACACCCCCAGAGCUGCCUCCUCUGCCUGAGGGGGAGGAGUAUCCACUCUGCUACAGGUACGAUGGUUUCCCCGUGUUAAGUCUUGACCUGUUUGACCCCGUGGAGGGCCUGCGGACCCCCUCCUCCCGCCUCGCUGCCAGGCACAGCUGUCCCACCAGCCCUGCCCCCAUGUUUAGACGCACCAAGCAGGAGAUCAAAUUGGCCCAGAAGAUAGCAAAGAAGUACUCAUCCAUCCCUCAGCUGUGGUCCAAGUGCCUGCUCCGUCACUGCUAUGGUCUGUGGUUCAUCUGUCUGCCUGCAUAUGUGAAGGUGUGCCACUCCAAGGUGAGGGCACUUCGAACCGCCUAUGACGUCCUCAGGAAGAUGCAGGCGAAGAAACUGCAGCCCCCUGACGAGGUGUGCUACCGGGUGCUGAUGCAGCUCUGUGGACAGUAUGGUCAGCCGGUGUUGGCGGUCCGGGUCCUCUUUGAGAUGAAGAAGGCAGGAGUUCACCCCAAUGCCAUCACUUACGGCUACUACAACAAGGCGGUGUUGGAGAGCACGUGGCCCUCCAGCACCAGAGGAGGAUAUUUCCUGUGGAUGAAGCUGAGAAAUGUCAUUCUGGGCGUGGCGCAGUUCAAACGGGCUCUACGCCGGCACGCCCCCUUCACCCACAGCCCAUUGUCAGAUGGCAGCGACCUGGACGCUGUGAGUCACGGCAGCCUGGAUAGCUCUGCCGACACUAACCUGGCCGAGCAGGGCCCCUACGCCACUGACUCCGUCAAAGUAGACCCCACUGACGAUAGAUCUAGCACAGGAGAUCAGUCAGAUUUGGGUUAUAACUCUCUGUCCAAAGAGGAGGUUCGGAGAGGAGACCCCAGUGCCCAGGACGCCGGCCCUGACAAGGAUGACAAGAAGGAGAGCGACUGCAGCUCCUUGUCAGAGACAGAGAGCGCCAAAGAAGACUGCCUUCCUCAGCUGGACAUCCAUUCCUCCUUCAAGCCCCGUGGCAUUGUCCGCAGCAGCUGUCCGUAUGACGAUUCAUCCUGUAAACCCAAGAGCUCUGCCAGUGCAGGUCAUGUUGCAGGUCUCCUCUUCACCUCCUCCCUGGAUGAGAUCGGUGAAAUCCAGACCAACAGUUUGCUCAGGAGACAUAAGAGCGCUCUGGAGGAGGUGGUGGGCAGCGCCAGCAGCGGCUCGGCUCUCGACUGGCAGGGCGUGAGGGGCCGCCGUCUGAGCGGAGACACGGUGGGCAGCAGCGGCAGCGGCACCACUGUCCUCGGCCUCGGUAUGAGCCAGGGAGAAACCGACCCAGAAAAGAUCGCAGGACACCUGGGCGCAGAUGCCAUGAUUCUCUCCGGCGCCAGCUUGAGUAAGAGUAAGAGGCCUCAUUCGCUGGCUUUGGGAGGGUUAGAGGGGGCUGCUGCUAAGGCAGGCGCUGCCAGACGCGUGGACUACAGGACGGAAGUAGUGGAGAUAGAGGGACAGGACUCCAGUGAUGAGGACAGGAGUAAUGCAGACGCCAUUUUUGAUUUGGAGGAUCUGGAUUUGGACAAACCUGGCGUCAGCUCUCAUAAAACCAACAAACCUCAUAAGAAAGUUGUGGAGCGCAGCGCCAGCUACGGUGCCGUGAGCACCCUGACGUCCAGAGGAGCUGUCAGGCGCACAGGCAUCGAGAUGGGCUACGACCCUCUGUCACUGCUGGCAGCAGAGUCACAGUCGGAGCCGCAGAGUGAGGAUCAGUACCCAGAAGGGGAUGAGGCCAGCACACCGAGCGCCCACAGGCACCUGGCCCAGGAGAUAGAGCUCUACAUGAACCACAUGGGCAGCCCACUGAGCAGCCGCACGCCCAGUCUGGACCUGCAGGAUGCAACCAGCCCCCUCCUCCUCCACCCCUACUCGCUCUCUGCCCCCCGCAGAGCCAGCCUGCCCCACAGCUCCCCCCUCAGGACUGCCGGAGUGCCACGCUCCCGCACGUAUUACCCUCCCUCACCCUCCCAGUCAGUCUCACGCCAACGUCUGUGGUCGUCACCGCCCUGUCGCAGCUCUAGCACCACUCCCAGCCCCAGCCCUCGACCCAGCCCUCGACCCAGCCCCUUCAAAGAGAGGUUAGACUGGUGGAGCCAGGUGUCGCCUUCACCGUCCUCCUCCUCCUUCGCUCUGGACACUCUGCUCACACCAACGCUGGAUGUGUUCAAGACCAAUGUGGUCUCGGCUGGGAAGGGUGUGGCAGAGAAGGCGAGCCGCUGGUAUUCCCGACUUGCCACAUACACCACGCCUACCAAGGACGGUCACAGUGACCGCCUCAGUGUGUCCUCCCUCGGUAUCGGAGAUCCAGACUACUCCUCCCUGCUGGAUGAGGACGACUACAGGGAGUCCGAGGGCUCCUUGGUCUCUCCUCAGAAGAACGGCCACGUUGGCCCCUCUGGGCCCCGCAGGAGCCCCAGACGCAGCCCCCUCCGAGGCAGACUGGACAGCCCCACUGCAGGUUCCAGCCAUGGGAGACCCACAUCGCUGCUUCCUGGAUGCGUCCUCUCUCCACCUGGCUUCCCUCUGCCAGACAAGUCGGACCUCGGCUCGUCGCGCUACACCAGCAACACCAGCAUCUUCAACAACUACGCCAUGGAGCUGCUGAUCUCCAGCUGUUCUCGCUGUAAGACGUGCGACUGUCUGGUCUACGAUGAGGAGAUCAUGGCCGGCUGGACGGCAGACGACUCCAACCUGAACACCACCUGCCCCUUCUGUGGAAACCCCUUCCUGCCCUUCCUCAAUGUGGAGAUCAGGGACAUGCGAGGACCCGGCAGGCUUUUCCUGAAGGGCAGUCCAUCUGUGGACGAGGCAAUGACCUCAUCCUACUCUGCCUCGACAGGUUUGGACACAGGGACGUCCACCUUGUCCACGCCCUGUCCCACGACAGCUGUCUUCCCUCCCUCCCCUGUGAUUGCUGUCCAGGAGUGCUCGGGAGGCGAAAGGACUCGAUCAGCCAGGGCUGAAGGUAUCAACAUCCCCACAGAGCGCCGGCGGGGGGUGCUGUCGCAGGGAGCGCCCAUGGCCCGCAGCGUCAGCGCCUUUGGCCCUCUGGACGAAGCGCCUCAACCCAGCCGCCGCAUGCAGACAUCGGGCAGCCUGCCCAGCCGUCUCAAUGAAACCACGGAUCCACUGAGCAUGGAGUGGCGGCUCCACAACCCUGAGCCAGUGACGGUUCCCUACCUGAGCCCGCUGGUGCUGUGGAAGGAGCUGGAGAGUCUGCUGGAGAACGAGGGCGACCCGGUGAUCACAGAGGCUGACAUGGUGGACCAUCACCCCAUCAUCUACUGGAACCUGGUGUGGUACUUCAGGCGGCUGGACCUGCCCAGCAACUUGCCCGGUCUCAUUCUCACCUCCGAGCACUGCAACAGGGACUCCCAGGUUCCUCGUCACUGGAUGUCGGAGGACAGUAAACACGUAUUGAUCCAGAUCCUGUGGGACAACCUGAAGCUGCACCAGGACCCCAUCCAGCCUCUCUACAUCCUGUGGAACACAUACAACGUGGGUUACCCUCUGUCUCGGCCGGUCCCGGAGGAGGAGGAGCCGCUCAGCGAGGAGCUGCUGCAGAGUGUGGUGAAGAGCAUCCAGAGGAACGACGUCAGCCGACCGAUGGCUAAGCUGCUGCAGCUGCUGGGACAGACGCUCGGGGUCAAACGGCAAAGGAGUUUGUACAGAGACGUCCUCUUCCUCUCCCUGGUGGCUCUAGGAAAAGAUAACAUCGAUAUUGACGCCUUCGAUCGUGAGUACAAGUUGGCGUACGACCGCCUCACGCCGAGCCUGGUGAAGCUGACCCAUAACUGUGACCGUCCUCCCAGCACGGGGGUCAUGGAGUGUCGCAGGACGUUCGGAGAGCCUUACCUGUAGACGCUCACCUUCACACACCUGGAAAAACCCUCACCGCCCACGCCAUCGCUUUAAGACGAGCUCAGGAAACCUGUCGGAAAACUGUGAAUGUGCACUACCGCACAUAACGUUUUGGGAAAACUCUGCAAGUGAUCAAAAAAGGUACAGUGGACUGUGGUCAGCGUUAUGUAGCCCGAAACAAAACAAACAAAAAGUUUUACAGACGUUAUCUUGACUGAUGAUGGAAACACCACUCACACAGCUCAUAAAUAAACACCACUCACCUGGUCUCUGUGGAAAUCCUGUGAAAAUUAUACAAACUGUCAAUACACAGCAGUAGAGGAUUUUUUUUUACAUGCAGCAUUUAUAUUGUAUAGUCGUUCAGUAUAUAAAGACUAAUAUUAGCAAUAUUUUAACUUGAAGUCUAUUUAUACAAAGCCAGCUUUAUUUAUUGUAGUGUCUUCUUUUUGUCGGGCAUAGUGUUUUAUCGUGUCCCGUAGUCGCUGGGCGUCGUCGUCUCACAGUUUAAACCAGGACGACCUGAACACACACACACAGCUCAUCUCCACCAACGUGUGGAAAAGAUGCUGCAGUGUGGAUGUAGUGUCUGUUGUAAAUAAUGACCAAGUUUCCAUGAUUUAUGUGACGGAGCAUAAAAAAAAAAAUCAUGUGCAUUAGAGCUGCAGUGAUUAGUCAAUCCACAGAAAAUUAAUCAUCUGUUUUGAUGACUGAUCGUUUUAGUCAUUAUUAGAGCAAAAAUACCAAAUAAUAUUCUGGGAUUUGGAGAUGAACAAUAUUUAAAUCUUUUAAGUUUUCUUCACCAGUGUAACACCGCGCUGUUCAUCAACGAAAUGUCAGUAUUACUGUUCGUCAGGUUGACACACGCCUGUGAUCAUAAGAUGUAGUUUAUGUUCGUUUCUGUGGUUUUUCCUGAGCUGAGAGAUGAAUUUAAGGUGGACUGACAGCUCACUGCACCAUGAACCGUCAGAUCUGAACACACAGGAGCUGCUGCUCUCGGCUGCCAUGUUGGACCGGUUACACUUCUUAAAGGAGAAUUCUGAUGAACUGCAGCUUUUUAUUUUCUCUUAUUUUAGUUUUGCAGUCGUUUAAUGUGAUGUUGUACUCAUCAAGAAAAUAAGUGACGUCUCUACAGCAAAGAAACAUGGUGGGAAUGUUGCUCUGACAUUAGCUUAGCUGCACUUUAAGGUUUAGGUUUAUACCUGAUCUGUCUGGGUCAAAGUCACAUGCACAUCAUGUGACUUUAUAAUAUUAUGUUUAUUAAUUAGCUGGACCUGUACUGAACUACAGCUAAGCUCCUCAGAAGCUAAGUGACAGAGAAACAGUCAAUCAGACAAACACAUUUACCCAGAACACCUGAACCACUUUACCUGGACGUGAAACUGAAGGUGAGCUCACCUGAGGCCUCGUGUGCGAAGGAGUGCGCAGCUUUCGUACUGAAAGAUGGCGUACGCCCAAAACUACUACUACUGCAGGAUGAAUGAAUCAUGAGUUGAUCCAGGCCAACAUACCGUAUACAUCGUUACAUCCCCAUAGACGGUCACUGGCAGUUAGCUCUUUGCUAAAGCAUCGGCUGAGCUAGGCGGCUACAUCCAGAGGCCUCUGGCUACCUCCAGCGGUUGACAGGGGCCGCAGUGUCCGUGUUUGUUUGCCAAUGUUCGGAUAG